ACGCCCCUUUGACUCUGAAUUUAAAUUAAAAAAGAAACAAUUAAAUACUAUCCACUUAAAAAAUUAAAAUUAAUUUUAAAAAAUGUGCGGAUUGAGCUGUUGUUUUGACUAGGUUACUGGCGAUAAUUCUGCCAAAUGGCAAAUUCCAAGCUAACCGAUCUUGAGGGAAAUGGAAAAAAAGGAGUCAAAACCACACGGUUGUACCUUGCCAUUUUCCUCUUUUUGUUCCUAACUUUACCCAUGGGCUACUACUUUUGGAAGAGAAGUCACCGAAAUGAUUUGAGUAUAAUUGAGCGCGAUGAGUGGGGAGCUGAGGAACCCACUGCAAGGGAAUACCUGAAUCUGCCAGCCCAAAACGUUAUUAUUUAUCACACUGCCACCGAGCAGUGCGAAACAAAGGAUGCUUGCAUACACCGCAUGCAGAUGCUUCAAGAUUUCCACAUGAAAAACAGGGACUGGCAUGACAUAGGCCUGAAUUUCCUGGUGGGCGGCGAUGGGGGGGUCUACGAGGGGCGUGGCUGGGAUGUACGCGCCCAGGGACUGCGGGGCUAUGAAUCUGUAUCCAUUAGCAUUGCCUUCAUCGGUACUUUCUCAAAUGUGGAGCCUCGAGAGCGACAGGUUCUGGCUGCCAAGCGGUUGAUGGAGGACGGAGUUCGCCGAAAGAAGUUGCGCCACGACUAUAGCAUCUAUGCCCAGCGCCAGUUUGAGCCCACCGAAAGUCCUGGCCAAAAACUAUACGAUUUGAUGAAAAGGUGGCCCCGUUGGUCUAGCAUUUAGACUAAUUAUCGAUUGGAUUUAAUGAGAUACACGAACUAAAACUAUUGAAAAGUCCAUUUGUCAUUUUCCAAAAACAAAGAAUCAUUGGUAGUGAAGGGAAGUCAAAAAAGUAUAAAUUGGUCUUGUUUAUAAGCCUUUAAAUAUAAUUUAUAAAAAUAUUUUUCAUAUAUAAUAUGCGAAGAACUAAGUACUAAAUAAAGAAGGGUGAAAAUCGUGAAGAA